GAGAGAGAGAGAGAGAGAAAUGGGGGUGGGGGAACAUAGGGGGAGUGAAAUCAGAUGAGAGGACAGAAGACCAUUUCUGGUCGUGGAUUAUAGUUCUUCAAGUGGGAACUCUAGAUCUCUGUGGAUUCCGGUUCUGCUUUUAGUUAUCAUCAAAGCACGGCGAGACCAAAGUGGAACCAUUGAGAGAAUCUGUGAAUCUACGAGGACGAGAAAUGAAGAGCCAAGCCUUUCCCCAGUCAGUAGACCAAGGGUUCUCUCAAAGGAAAACCCGACCUGUUCGUUUAAGGAAUGAAUUUGUCCGCGUGGGACUUGCCGAAUGUCUCUCCACGUAUGUUAUGAUGGUUUUUGGCCUUGGUUCUGUGGCCCAGGUUGUGACAGGACAAGGAGCUUUUGGCCAUUACAUCAGCAUAAACUUGGGCUUUGGGCUGGGUGUUGCAAUGGGCAUCCACGUCGGAGGAAAAGUUUCAGGAGCUCACAUGAACGCUGCGGUGUCCUUCGCCAUGUGCGUGUUUGGCCGCCUCGCGUGGAAGAUGCUCCCCCUUUAUGUCUUCUCACAGCUGGUGGGCUCCUUUUUGGCCGCUGGGACGGUUUAUGGCGUGUACUAUGAGGCCAUACAUGACUACUGUGGGGGAAACCUGACUGUAACUGGUGUCAAGGCCACUGCUGGUAUCUUUGCCACCUACCCUGCACCAUACCUGUCCUUGUUGGGGGGAUUCAUUGAUCAGGUCUUUGGCACAGCUAUGCUGCUGCUGUGUCUGGUGGCUCUGUCUGACCAGAGGAACAAACCGGCAGCAGCAGGCAAUGAGCCUGCCAUCGUGGGUCUCCUGGUGCUUCUCAUCGGCAUUUCUCUGGGCAGCAACAGUGGAUACGCGAUAAACCCCACCAGAGACAUCGGACCGAGGCUCUUCACUGCGAUGGCAGGCUGGGGGGCUGACGUGUUUAGGUCAGGAAAUGGUUGGUGGUGGGUGCCUAUUGUUGCCCCAACAAUUGGAGGUGUGCUGGGUGCGGGGCUUUAUAAAGUCUUGGUGGAACUUCACCACCCUCCAAUCUCUGACACAUGCACUGGGUUAGAGCGGCUAGAAGAGACUGCGUCGAUAGAAAAACAAAAGUUUGACUGUGAUGUAUGUGUAUGAGCCCCCCCAAGAAGCUGUUUGCACAGUUGAAACAUUCCAAGAUUGCUUUGACAUGAGGAUCGACAAAGAAAGUCUCAAAUACGGGUUACACUUGUGCUGUGGCAUGCAAUUUUAAGAGGAAUCUGCAAUAUUGGUUACUCAGUUACAGUAAUUAGGAGGUGCUUAGAAAUGAUACACUAACAAUGUAUAACAGCAACAAUAGCCAAGGUUACUAACCUACUUAAAUGCAAAUCCUUGCCAUCCUGUUUAUAGAUGUUGGCUAUGUUCACACUGCUAGGUCGGAUGUCCAAACCGGAUUUUCUUUUGUCAAAUCCGAUCUUUUUAGUGGCCGUUUAUAUUACAAAAAACAAAGGCGAUUUCUAAUGUGAAUGCAAUCUGACCCGCAUGCAGACAUGAUGUCGCACACACUGCAGUGUUUACGCAAGUAAACAUGGCUUCAUUUCUAGUCAGUCUCAGUACUGGCGCAUUUGUGGCAAUUUUGAGGCGUUUGUGCAACAAAACUCCACAAUUAUUGUGCGUAGAAGAUUUAAAAAGGAAGAGGACAAGUAUUUUGGCUCGGGCAGUUUUACAGGAUAUUUUGCUUCCAUGUCUGCUUGAGGUGCGUGUCUGUGGGCGAGCAGUCGGAGACAGGAGUUCCUAAAACAUAUUAUUUUCACCUCUUUUCUGCACCGUUGUCAACUAUUCUAUUUUGACGAAUAAUUAUGCCGCUUAUGGCUUUUUGAUGACGUUCAGGUCGGAUGAAUGCAACCUGGGUGCAGGAGCGUUCACAUUGGGGACGCAUCGCAUACUGUAUAUCCCAUUUAUGGCCACUUACGAAAGAGGACUGGGUCGGAUAUGAAAAAUUUGGAAUGGCACGGACAUUAAAAUAUCCGACAUGUGUCGCAUAUGGGCAAAAAAAACGGAAUUGACCUGCAGUGUGAACAAGGCAAGGCAGUGGCCCGCAAGAUGUCAUGAGUUUAAUAAGGAAUUUUACACAAAGGGAGACUUCAUUUAUUUCAAUAGUCUGACAAUUUUGAUGCUGCUAUUAUGUCACCAUCUAGUGGACAUUUACUUAUAUGACGCAAUGCAAACAACCCUCCCUAGUCAUGGUCCAGUUUUUUUUAAUAAAUAAUCCAACCAACACAAAAUGUCAACAAGCAUGGUCACACAGCCUGCUCACUGAACUUUGUGGAUAUUAUAAAAAACGUCCAUGAAAAAAAAUUCUAAAUUACACCCAUUUAAAUCCAUUACAAAGCAUGAUGGGAAAAAUGCAAAACACACUGAUCCAUGUUUGGCGCAUUUUAAGCUGAUUGAUUUCAAAACUUUAAGGAGGUUGUCACGGAAGUAAACAAGGCAGAAAACAAACUUUCACAUACUCUU